AUGAAUGCUUCUUUAUGGUUUUAUGAGGCACAAAGAAGUGGAAAAUUGCCAUCCAACAACAGAGUAGCAUGGCGUUCAGACUCUGCCUUAAACGAUGGAAGUGACAACAAUGUCAAUUUAGUUGGUGGUUAUUAUGAUGCUGGUGACUAUUUAAAGUUCACCCUACCAUUGUCAUAUUCGUUAUCAAGUCUUGCCUGGAGUGCUGGUGUUUGGUUUGACGGUUAUCAAAAGGCAAACCAAGUAACUUAUUUACGAGAUAUGCUUCGAUGGGGUACUGAUUGGCUUAUCCAAGCACAUCCCAAUGCAGACACUUUUUAUGUCCAAGUCGGUGAUGGUAACAUUGAUAAUAAUUAUUGGGGUCCCGACACAAACAUCCCAAAUCCUCGCCCGUCGUACCAAGUCAAUAGAACAGCGGUCGGUACGGACGCCGUCGCUAUUUCUGCCGCCGCCUUGGCAUCAGCCUCUUACUUGUUUAGGAACAAUUUGAAUGAUACCAAUUACGCUGAUCAAUUAUUAUCCCAAGCCGCAUCAUUAUUUAGUUUGGCUGAUACUGCUCAGCCUAGAAACGUUUAUGUUAAUGCAAUUCCUGCUAUUGCUGACUUUUAUGCAUGUAACAACUAUACCAGUCAGUUGACUUAUGCCGCCCUUUGGAUGUACAAGGCUUCAGGCAACGAAACUUAUCGUACGAUGGCCUCAAACUAUUUCGAUCAGUUUCAACUGGCCAAAACUCCCGUCGGUGUCAUGGAUUGGAGUGACCAAACAAAUGCCGUUUUCGUCCUUGGUGCUGAAUUGGACCCCACAAACACUAAAUAUGCCACCGCUGCCAAGAAUGUCUUGGACACAAUCAUCGACAGUAAAUCAGGUUCCCCCUGUACUUUCACUAAUGGCGGCCUUUUAUGGUGCGACGGCUAUAGCGAUUCUAACUCCGUUGUCCCAUCUCAAGAUAUGUCUCUUUUGGCUUUACUUUACAGCAAAACCGAUAGCUCAAAGUCGGAUGGUUACACCAAAUUCGCUAUGAACCAAGUAAACUAUUUACUUGGCAGUAACUAUAUGUUGACACCUUAUGUCUGUGGUAUCCAUAUGAAUUCUCCUCGUAAUCCUCAUCAUGCCGGCGCCUCUGGUGGCACUGAUAUUGGUAACAUUGAUUCUUCUCCUGCUGUCGAAAAAUAUAUCCUUUAUGGUGCUAUCGUUGGCGGACCUGAUAAGAACGAUAAGUUUUAUGAUAUUCGUGACGACUAUCAGCAAACUGAAGUUGCCCUUGAUUAUAAUGCUCCUUUCCAAGGUUUGGUUGCCUAUCAAUUAAGUACUGGAGCUUCUGAUCCUCCUUAUGUCACUAUCACCGAUCCCAGACCUCAUGUUGAACGUACAAAGAAGAUGGAAGGAUGGCUUAUUGCUGUUAUUGUUAUUGUCGUCUUAUUUGUUGUAGCACUUACUUCUUACAUCUGCUGGUGGAAACGUGGAUGCGGUCUCUGUAAUAGAAGAGGAAACAGUGGUUACGGAAAGGCUGUUGCCGCUUAA